UACUACGGUGGAACAAUAUACUCCUUUAAGCUAUGGACAGUGCUAAAAAUAACAUAAUAAUAAACAUUAACAAUGUAACAUGCCGCUCAAAAACGAAACAAUAAGCGCAAAAUGGCCGCUCAAAAACUGUUUCCCGCCAAAAGAACUGUCAAAGUGACAUUCCUGUGUGGUGUGUGAGUGCGUCUCGGAAUGUUCUUGAAAGCAUGGUGACACUGAUGCCGUGUGGCUACCUCGGUGGCGCCUCGCCGCGCUGCAGCUUGGAGCACGCCGAGCCGAAGGCAAAAAGGCCGAGAGCUGAUACAGGCGCUGAUGUGUCAGACCGAUUAUCAGGCGAAGUCAACCCCAGCCCGUGCGGUUCAGAGUCCACAUCAAACUCCCCGCCAUCUCUCCUCCAGGAUGCUACACUUCCCGCAUUGCUAGUCUCUGGAACAUCAACCCUGUUCCAAAACACGACGACCACGAGCAACUCGUUGAACACCGUCGAUAGCCUAUGCUUGCCUGGUACAUCCGAGGUGGACAGCUGUGGGCUGGCCAACGGAUGUGCCAGCUCGCUGGGGGGGCUGGCGCUGCCUCUGACGUCAUCCGGCGGUCUGUGCUCGACCUCCUCGACGUCCGCGGUGGCCUGGUUGAUGAAUGAGGAUAGCGUCGGUGGUGGUGUGAAGAGCGAGGUGCGCAGCCCAGGGCUGUGCGAAGCGGACGUGGCUCUAUACGGGGAAGCACUGCCGUACGACCAGAGCGCGCUGCCCUACCAAUAUUACAAUAGCAUGCAGCAGUAUGGUAGUGGCAGCGCGGCCUCGUCGUACGUCAAUUCUUCCCUCUACAACCAGCCGUACGCAGCGUACCCGCCGGCACACAACACUACCAAUAGAUCCUCGUGUAAGGCGACGCCGACGUAUCUUAGCGCGUAUGGCGUGAGCGGCGUAGGAAGCGUGCCCAGCACUGGGUUUGGAACCCAACCAUCGCCCUAUGCCUACUCGUCAUACAAUGGAAACCUGGCUCAAUCGUUUCCUACUACCCAACAGGACUACAGCAGCUACGCAGCAGGUUACGCGGAGCACAAUGUCGCACAAUACAGCGGAUAUUACGCUGCACCAAGCUACUCUCCUUACGUCAGCUCGCCUAGUAGCAGCGGCAGUGCUGGACACACUUCUUACCAUUUGGGGGGCGCCUUAUCAGAUUCCCCAUCAUCAAUGCUACCGUCUCUAAACGACACAAGUCCACUGUCCCCUAUCAAAGCCGAGGUGCAUGCAGCCAGCAGAAGAUGUCGAGAGAAUUCAGGUGAGAGCACAGCAAGCAGAUCACGGGGCAGAGGCAGGCGGAACACAUCCUCGUCACCAGCUCAGCAUGUUCCAGAACCGGCUACAGAUAGAGUGUUCAUCUGGGACCUGGACGAGACCAUAAUCAUAUUCCACUCGCUGCUCACUGGCACUUAUGCUACUAAGUACAAUAAGGACACACAGCAAAUAGUCCAGUUGGGUUUCAGAAUGGAAGAGAUGAUAUUCAGCCUGGCUGACACGCAUUUCUUCUUUAAUGAUGUUGAGGACUGCGACCAGGAGCACAUAGAUGCCGUGGCAGCUGACGAUAACGGCCAAGACCUGUCCGCGUACAACUUCGCAACAGACGGUUUCCACGCGGGCGCGGCGCCCAACACCGGCCUCUGCGCUCCUGGUGUGCGCGGCGGCGUCGACUGGAUGAGGAAGCUCGCCUUCAGAUAUAGGAAGAUCAAGGACACGUACAAUAACUACAGGAAUAGGUGA